AUGUCAAAAAAAAUUUUGUCCGUUAGUUUAAAAGACGUGGCAGUAGAAUUCGCGCAAGUCAAAGUAGUAGGUGCUCCUUUAACAACCACCGAAUCUUGGACUGGAAGAUGGUUUCCUGAUAAACCAACUACGCCAAAACCAAAAAUUAAUAUUCCAUUAGAAACACAUAGAAUGCCUAUGGGUGAUAUUAAUCCUGAAUGUGAUGAUGGAAAAGUUAAUACAACAAUUGAUUGGGACGGAUCAAUUUUAAAUUAUAUUUGCAUGAAUCCAAGAAAUAGAUUUGUACCUGAUGAAUCAAUCGAAUCUAUAAUUGAAUUUGAAAAUAUACCUGAAGCUUAUGAGGCUCCACAUUUUUGUAUGGACACAAAAAUCAAGUACACACAAAGUUUACCAACAUUUGGACCACACAGACCAUUGUGGCCAGUUUAUGGUGAAUAUGAAUACCUUCCAAAAGAACGAUGGCUUCAUACAUUAGAGCAUGGUGGUAUAGUUGCUUUGUACCAUCCGUGUGCAGAUCUCAUGGAAAUUAAACUCCUUAAAAAUUUAGUAAAAACAUGUUUAAGACGCCAUGUUAUUUCACCUUCAGUAGAUUUGACAAAAGAAAGACCUUUUGCCCUUUUAGCAUGGGGUGUUCGUUUCACAAUGUCAACAGUUUAUCCAAAUUCUAUUCGUCAAUUUAUAAAAGAAAAAGCUCUUAAAGGUCCUGAAAAGUUAUCGGAUGAUGGUCAAUUUAAUUUAAAUUUAAUAGAAAAAGCUUUAAUCGUUUCAAAUAUUGAUGAUAAUGACCUUUGCCCUGACAAAAUGAAAUAA